AUGGUAACUCUAAUUCAUAAAAUAAAUUUGAUUCAGGUCACCUUAGGUCUGAUGCCCUAGUUGAUCCAUGUGACUCUAGAUGUGUCGUAUCACUCUCAUGUCAUGUGUGCUCUUCUAUUAAACGACAAUUCACCCUCUCUCCUUCUCUCUCUCCAUCUCUCUCUCAUAUUAUAUAACGCUAUUUAAGCCUCUUGGAACACAUUGGUUCUCUCUAUCUCUCUCGCAUUGUUUUGUUGGAAAAUAGAAAAUAACGUAUCUGGGCGUCCAGCGAAGCCAAGCGAAAACAGAACCUUACAGUUAUAUCUUCUUCUAAAUAAGUGCUCGGUGUUUCUGCUAGAAGCGAGAAACCAACCAACCACUGUUCGAUGGCCACAAGAGGCUUAGUUUUCUAUCUCCUAUCAAGUUUUUCGGUGGCUAUUCUCUCUGUGUUCUUCGUCACGCAGUACCAGAAUGGUUACGACUCUCCCCUUCAAUCCCGUCUUUCUCUCUCUCUCAAUUCCAAUCUUUCUUCCCACCUCUCCAGCACAGACAAAACCUGGCCCGAAUUGAAGUUUAGUUGGAGACUUGUUUUGGCGACAGUGAUUGGUUUUCUGGGAUCAGCAUGUGGGACAGUAGGAGGUGUAGGAGGGGGUGGAAUAUUUGUUCCUAUGCUUACUUUAAUUGUUGGAUUUGAUACAAAGUCUGCUGCUGCUCUUUCCAAAUGUAUGAUAAUGGGGGCAUCUGCAUCAUCAGUCUGGUACAAUUUGAGAGUGCCUCAUCCAACAAAAGAAGUGCCAAUUAUAGACUAUGAUCUGGCCCUUCUCUUUCAGCCCAUGCUCAUGCUUGGCAUCACCUUGGGUGUGGCUCUCAGUGUUGUCUUCCCCUACUGGCUCAUCACUGUCCUCAUCAUUAUACUCUUCUUGGGAACUUCAUCAAGGUCUUGUUUUAAAGGGUUUGAGAUGUGGAAGGAAGAGACUAUCAUGAAGAAAGAAUUUGCAAGGCAGCAAGCAACUGUAGUGGACUCUAGGGGUGAACUUCUAAUUGAUACACAGUACGAGCCAUUACUUCCUAGAGAAGAGAAAUCAAUACUGCAAAUAUUAAAGUUCAACCUUAGGUGGAAAAGGGUUGUGGUGCUGGUAGUAGUUUGGGUUCUUUUCCUAGUUCUUCAAGUCCUCAAGAAUGAUGUAAAUGCUUGCAGUGCAUGGUAUUGGGUCUUCUUCUGUUUACAGUUUCCCAUUGCACUUGGAGUGUUUGGAUAUGAAUCAGUCAAGCUGUGCAAGGAGCACAAGAAGAGAAUGAGCACAGGAAACACCGAAUCAAUUUGCGAGGCUUCGAUCGCAUGGACUCCUAUUCACAUAGCGUUCUGUGCACUCUGUGGUAUCUUGGGAGGCACUGUUGGCGGCUUGCUUGGAUCCGGUGGAGGAUUUAUUCUUGGCCCUCUCCUUCUUGAGAUAGGCGUUAUCCCUCAGGUUGCAAGUGCAACAGCUACAUUCGUGAUGACAUUCUCCGCGUCCUUAUCGGUGGUGGAGUUCUACCUGCUCAAGAGGUUUCCUAUUCCAUAUGCUUUAUACCUCACAAGUGUGUCUGUCUUGGCUGGCUUCUGGGGACAGUGCCUUGUAAGAAAAGUAGUUACAAUUCUCAAGAGAGCAUCAAUCAUUGUGUUCAUCCUCUCUGGUGUCAUCUUUGCUAGCGCUAUUACAAUGGGUGUGAUCGGCAUAGAAACGAGCAUCCAAAUGAUACAAAAUCAAGAAUUCAUGGGAUUCUUAGACUUCUGUAGCAGUCAGUGAUCGCUGGCAACAAUACAGAACGAUAGCGAAAAGAUAAAAGGUUCCAAUAAAAUGCAAUGGGAAAGUUUGCAAUUGGAAGUUUGUAUAUUAUGAAGAUCAUUAGGAACUGUUGGCCAACAGCUAGUUGACCAACCCCAGUCAACAUCGUUGUGUUAAAAACAAGUGUGCCUUGUCUCUCUGGUGGCUUGCUUGUUAGCUCCUGGCUAACACAUGAACCCCUUGUGGUGCUUUGUCUCUGGUUUAGGUUUGGUUUUGCUCGUUAGCUCCUGGCUAACACAUGAACCAAAGUGUGGCCUUGUCUCUGGUUUAGAUUAAGUUGCUUGUUAGCUACUGGCUAACAACUCAUGAAAUAAGUGUGCAUUUAUGUAGGGUUAUGGGGGCAUGUUAGCUACUGGCUAACACCAUCAUCAACCGACCUCAUGUAGUGUUUACAGAAUUUGGAUUCCUCUCAUCUAUUAUUCCAUAUAAUAUUGGUUUGAUUCUUAAUUUUUAUAGCA